AUGUCUUGCAUUGGGAUUGGCGGAGAGUCAACAAAGUCCCGAUCAUCUUUGCUAGAUGCCGCACCGCAUACAGCACGCCGAGCCAACAUCACCCCCACCAUUAUCAGCUCUGUUAGCCCAAUCAUUUUCCUCAUCUCUCCCAUCUCCGAAUAUUCCGCCGCAAAAUCCAUUCCAAGGAUGGAGUUGGAGUGCGUCAAUCUAUCAUCAAGUACUGGCUCCCGGACGAAACAAGGUCGACCGCAGCAGGUUAUACAAGACUUUCGAAACCUCAAGCUAUCUCACGACUCACGGUCCCUAGUUCCAUUACCAAAGAAAGCCACCCAGCAAGACCCAGUCGAACAGGAAGGCAGGAAGGGCAAUGGACAAAUCUUUUCACGUCUUGGUAAUGCCAGAUAUGAUACACUCGCUUGUUUUACAACAUUCUCCGCUACACCACGGUCAGACCACAGGGUAAACCGCAAAAGAACGCUGAAUCUGGGGAUAUGCCUGCGCUUGGUGAUGACGGUAGACGACGCCUUGUCUAGCAUUACGAGGGCACCUGGUUCAUGGGGAACACCUCAGGACAUUGACAGGCACAUCACGGUCAGACCCAAGGGUAUACCGCAAUGGAACGCCCCAUUUGGGACGAGAGAUGCAGAUGGGAUGCAGAUGGGAGUCAAGUGGACGCACGCGUCUAUACACCUCUUGGACGCGACAUACCGACUGUGCCCAGAACUCACGACUUCCUCUGCGGUAUUCAAGUUGACCAAGACGAUUCAAAACUUCCUCUCCGGCCCUCAAGUUGGGCGGGACGAUCCCCUCUCCGGCAUCAACCAAGAAGGCAUUAAUCAACCCAGAGAAUCCAGCGGGCCACUAUCACUUGUACCAAGAACCCAGGAGCUCUUCUCUAGCAUUGGCCAAGACGUCAAUGAAUACAGAGAGUCCAGCAGGCCGCCAUUACCUGUGCCUAGAAUUCGAAAACUCCUCUCUGGUAUUGAAGAUAGCCAAAUCAUCAACCGAUCCAGAGCAUCUAGCAGGCCACUAUCACCUUCACGAGAUCAAAAAAAAAAGAAGCUGAGAGUGCUUAAGGAAGAAUGCCUCACGAGCUGCAUUAGCGUUAGGCACACACGCUGGCACUCCUCGCUAGCGCCGAAGGUCGAGCGUAGGAGCACAGAGGCGAAGAAGAUUCGAACGCAGCGGAAGACCCCAAGACUAAGGCUCAUGCCGAAUUCAAAGAUAAUUGCUAGAUCGAGAUGUUCGUUUUCCAUGUUUUUGGAUUCCACCCAAUCCGUUUGA